GCUAGAGAGGCGCUGGGUUUUUCUCCGUCCGACAGAGCGAAGAGGAAGAAGAAGAGCAUCAACAACAUCCGCGGCGGUCAUGGUGAUGGCGGCUGACAGCGAUCACGAGGCUGACGUGUUUGAGAUCACCGACUUCACCACCGCGUCCGAGUGGGAACGGUUUGUGUCCAGAGUUGAAGAAGUGCUGAACGACUGGAAGCUGACUGACAGCUCCGUGGACAGGUCCGCUCCACAGAAGGGGGAUUUCACCACGGGCUCAUGGGAAGAGGAGUCCAAGGAGAUCCACUUCGCCGACUUCAAGUUCCUAAUUACACACUACCUUCUGAAAAAAGAGUCGAAGAAUAAUGAGGAGCAGGACAAGCAGGCAGAAGAUGCAUUACCUGCAGCCAUGCAGGACCUCCUUUGCAUGCAGAAUGACUUCCCUCCACGAGCUCACUGCUUGGUCAGAUGGUAUGGCCUGCAGGAGUUUGUGGUCAUCACCCCUGCAACCAACAGCGAGGCCAUCAUCAGCGAGUCCAAGUGCAACCUGCUCCUCAGCUCCGUCUCCAUAUCCCUGUCAAACAGUGGCUGUCAGGUCCCGGUGUUUGUCCAGAUCCAGCAGAAGUGGAGGCGCAUCUAUGCCGGGGAGUGCCAAGGACCAGGAGUUCGUACAGACUUUGAGAUCGUCCACCUGCGAAGAGUACCCAGCCAGUACAACCACCUGUCCGGGCUGCUGGACAUCUUUAAGUCUAAGAUAGGCUGUAACAUGCUCCCUUUACCUCCAGUGGACAUCGCCAUUCGUUUUACAUACGUCCUGCAGGACUGGCAGCAGUAUUCUUGGCCCCAGCAGCCUCCAGACUUUGACGCGCUCCUCGGUGGCGAGGUUGGAGGAGUUGAAAUUGGGAAGCUUCCGUUUGGAGCCUGUGAGGAAUCCAUCAGUGAGCUUCACCUUGCUGCCACCUGGCCUCACGUGACAGAGGGCAUCGUCGUGGACAACGAUGUGUACAGUGACCUGGACCCGCUCCAGGCUCCUCACUGGUCUGUACGAGUGCGGAUGGCGGAGAACCCGCAGUGUUUGCUGGGAGAAUACCUGACUGAGUUCUUCAGGCUGUGCUGCAGGAAGGAGUCUGUGGAGGAUGUUCUGGGCAUAGGCCUGACAGACGAAGAGGGGAGAGAGACGGGCGACAUCAGCUCCGCUCUGUCCAAGCUGACGGAGCCGGCGGCGGCCGUGCCCAUCAGCAGACUGUCCGUGUCCAGCAUGGUGCACAGCGCACGCAAACGCAUCCACCGCCGCCGCCACAUCCACGAGUCGCCGCUCAGCAAUGAGAUCCUGAACUCCAUUCUUCUGUUUCUGUUCCCAGAUGCUGCUGUGGAGAAAUCCGACAGUCUGAAGGACAAAGCUGCGAGUCUGAACUCCAAGACGGCAGAGAAGGAGUGGAGCGCCGAGGAGAGCCUGUUCCUGCAGCUGAAGUCGGCCCCCCCUGACAGCCUCACCUACCGCCUGGCGUUGUGCGUCUUUCUAGUCAACUACAGCUACGGCGGCCUUGCGGGCGUGGCUCACCUGUGGCAGGAGUUUGUGUUGGAGCUGCGGUACCGCUGGGAGAACACCUGCCUCGUUUAUGGCUUAGAGGCUGGACCUCCUGACCUUCGCUGCUGUCUUCUGCAUCAGAAGCUGCAGAUGCUGAACUGCUGCAUAGAGAGGAGGAGGGCCAGAGACGAAGCUCGCAAAGCUCAGGAGGCCACCAAGCAGAGCAAGGAGGCGGAGUCUGAGCUCAGCGCCAAAGAAACGAGUCAGGGAAAGUCGUGGGAGUCCUGGAGCGACAGCGAGGAGGAGUUCUAUGAAUGUCUGAGUGAGCAGGGGGAGGACGGUCCCCAGACGGAGGCGGGGCAGAAUGGGGCGAGCAGAGCGGAGGGCCGGCUCCACCCCUACAACAACCUGACGCUACUGCACUCCUCAGAGCCGCUCUACGUCCCCGUCACGCAGGAGCCCGCCCCCAUGACGGAGGAUCAACUGGAGGAGCAGUCUGAGGUUUUGGCCAAACUGGGAACAACGGCCGAAGGGACGCACCUGCGCGCUCGCAUGCAGAGCGCCUGUCUGCUCUCAGACAUGGAGUCCUUCAAGGCAGCGAACCCCGGCUGCGUCCUGGAGGACUUUGUGCGCUGGUACUCACCCAGAGACUACGUCAUGGAGGAGGUGGUGGAUGAGAAGGGCAACAAGGUCACCAGAGGAGAGCUUAGCACCAGGAUGAAGAUCGCUGGCAACAUGUGGGUGGAGGCGUGGGAGACUGCCAGAGUGACACCCGCUCGCCGCCAGAAAAGACUGUUCGAUGACACCAAGGAGGCAGAGAAGGUCCUGCACUAUUUUGCAAUGCAGAAACCAGGAGAUGUGGCUUGUCAUCUCUUCUCCUGUGUGAUCCACGCUGCUCUGCUCAAACUGAAGCAGGAGGAGGCAGCAGAGAAUGUUCCAGCCGUGAGGAAAAGCAUUCAACAAGCUGCCAGUCAGGUCAACAAGCUGCUGCACUCCACCAACCUAGACUACAAGAGGUUUGAGGAGUUUGUGAAGCAACUGGCAGGAAUGGAAACGGCCAUCGCUCAGGCUCGAUCGCUGAAGGCCAAGUUCACCUUCAACAAUGAAGACCAGAGCGAGGCCACCGAGCUCAAGAAGUUUGUGAGCUCCCUGCUGGAGGAGCCUGAGGUGGAGGUGACCGGAGCUGGACAGGGACCAGCCGGCCGCAUCAUUCACAGGCUUUUUGUCAAUGCACAGCAGGCAGCGCUCCUCCCUUUGCCAGACGAGGAUGUGGGAGGGGACAAAAAGGAUUUCCCACCCCCAGCGGGCCGAGAGAUCCUUCUGCGCACGUGCGUCCCUCGGCCGGCGCCGUACUCCCGGUCGCUGCCUCAGAGGCUCUUCUGCGUGCUGAUGAGGGAGGAGUUCCGGCUGGCGGGGGCCUUCUCCUCAGACACAUCCUUCUUCUGAUGCCUUGAUGAGCCGCAGCACCCUCGGUCUGUCGGGGGGAACCCUGGCUGAACACAUUCCUCUAGAAAACUGCUCUUAAAUAAAAGCUGGCUGCAGACCCACCACUCAAA